AUGACGGCAGGCACGCCGACGGAGCAUGCAGUCAUUUCCGUCUUUGAUCUAUUUUCCAUCGGUAUCGGGCCAUCCUCCUCCCACACGCUAGGACCUAUGCGAGCAGGAGCCAUCUUUGCCACCGAGCUGCAAAGUGCCGGGCUGCUCGAGCGCGUUCACAGGCUUCAAAUACACCUGUAUGGAAGUUUGGCAGCGACUGGCGAAGGGCAUUAUACGCCCAGAGCUUUGCUGCUCGGCAUCGAAGGUGUCGACGCAGAGACUGUGGACACUGCCUGGGCACCCAAAAGGUAUCAAGAGAUUCUGGAUCACAAGCAAUUGUGCAUCGGACAGCAUCUGGCCAGCUCAAAGCAGCGAGCAGCAGCGAAGAUGACGGAUGAAGCGCGCUCUGAUGCUGCUGGUCAGACCAUCGCUUUCGACUACAAGACCGAUCUCAAGUGGAUGUGGGGCGAAGUUUUGCCCAUGCAUUCCAAUGGACUCAGAUUGACAGUGUUUGAUGAAGCUGGAGAUAUGCUCGCCACGAAUGAUUUCGCUUCUGUAGGAGGGGGCUUCGUCAUCAAUGGAGCGAUGAGCGUCGCUCCUUCUUCCAAGAGCGCAAAUCUACCGACUUCGUCCCAGUCCGUAGCUCGAGUGAAAGAGGAGGAUUGCAGCGUCAGCGAACCUCCAAAAGAUGCUGUGGGCGAGGCGAAUGGCACGCCGACGGUGCCCUACGUAUUCUGGGACGCUGCUAGCCUGCUCGCCCUGACACGAAAACACAACAUGACGAUUGCGCAGAUCGUAUGGGAGAAUGAAGUGUCUCUUGGAUACUCACCGGAUCAGCUCCGAGAGAAGCUCUUGCACAUUUGGGACACGAUGGACACUUGCAUCUACGAAGGCGUGCAUUCCAGCGAAGAGACUCUUCCCGGAGCCUUAAGGCUGCGCAGGCGAGCGCCCGCAUUGUACGCUCGAUUGACGCGGGGCUUUUUUGCGGGGUCGAACGGUGCUGUGGGGGCGUCGAAGCUAAAAGGUGUGUCCCCUUCGGACGAGAGAGCAUCAGUCGAAGGCGGAGGAGAAUCAGACGCUGCUCGGCCAAGCAAUCUUCCAGCUCUCUCAGAACGCUCCGUCGUAGGCAGCGGCAGCGGCAAUCUGCGGCGCCGCGCACGCUCUUCCGGUCCACCUCGUGUGGUCGGUAGGAUGGAUCAUCCUCUCUUGCCAACACCGCCUCGACGUCUCUCGCUGCCGGGAACGGAUUUCCUGAGCUGUUAUGCGAUUGCAGUCAACGAGGUCAACGCAUCUGGCGGUCGGGUGGUUGUGGCGCCCACCAUGGGAGCAGCAGGCGUCAUACCCGCCGUGCUCAAGUAUACGCUGGAAUUCUACUCUGAAGAUGAGGAGAGGGACGUGCUCACCUUUCUGCUCACUGCAGGAGCUAUCGGAAUGUUGUUCAAACGUGGCGCUACCAUAAGCGCUGCGGAGGGUGGAUGCAUGGCAGAGGUGGGAUCUAGCACCGCUAUGGCUGCUGCUGCUUUUGCUGCUUGUAUGGGUGGCAGUCCAGCGACCAUCGAGCAAGCGGCAGAGAUUGGUAUUGAACAUUCUAUCGGCUUGUCGUGUGAUCCGCCGCUAGGUCUGGUUCAAGUACCGUGCAUCGAGCGCAACGCUUUGGGCGCUGCCAAGGCAGUGGUGAGCGCUCAGCUGGCGUUAUCAGAGACUAGCGAGAGUGGACAUGCGGUCAGCUUGGACGAAGCUUUGGCUGCUAUGAGAUCCACGGCGCAGGGGAUGAGGAGCGAAUUCAAGGAAACUUCUUUGGGCGGAUUGGCCACUGCUGUUCGUAUACCCGUAUCUGUACCUGCUUGUUGA